AAGAACCUAUUGUACUAGUCUAGAAUCUAGUUGAGCGCCACCAAUUAAAUUUCGAUUGUUGUUUCGCGCCAUUUUGUAUAUCUUUUAUCUAUUGUUGACUGUUGCCGUAGGACGUAGGUACUUGGCAUUUGCUAGUUGCGACUUCUUGUAGGCUGUUGAAAGAUCGUUUUUUUUGUUUUUUGUUCAACUGUCACAUUACAACAAAGAAGCUCAGUAUAAAUUUGAUACGGUGGGUGCGUAAAAUAAUCGUUUAGCAACAAUGUCAACAAGUGUUAUAUCGAGAAAAGGGCAAAAUUUGGUUAUGGGUGACAUCCUGCCAAGAGUACUUAGCAUCCUUUCAGUACUCGAAGAGGAUGAGCAAAAAAUGGCAGUCUCCACUGGUGAGGUACAAAAUAUUGACCCCCUGUCCGUCCGAAUACAACGUAAAGAGAACAUCAAAGCACUACAGCGAUUACUUGGAGAUGUUGAUUUACCCGAUUUAUCUGAAGUGGAAGUCGAUCCUCUCUACACGUUGAGCACACUACUCGAAAAAUUUCAGAGGGAAGUCGUUCAACUUCAACAGCUUUACAGCCAUGAGAAAAACAAUUUAAAAAAUAUCUCAGACAGCAUUUCAAUGUAUACGACUAGAAAUGACUAUUUGAAAACUAUAGCCCAAGGUAUGACCGAUUCUAGCACUCAUAAAGAUCAAGUUGAGGCGUCUAACACUGGCGAUCUCAAGCAGCUAUUUCCAAUGCUAAAGAACGAUCUGGACACUGUCCUCAAUACAUGUUACCCAUUAAUAAAAACUGACAUUAAAAAUUUCCUUUCUAAAUUAGAAAGUGCAGAGAGGUCAGAUGAUGAAGAAGACUGGUGGCAAGAACCUAGUAGUGAUGUGGAUGUUAGUGCUAUUUGUGUUCUUAUCGAAGCAAAAAUCAUUAUUCAACAUCCUGAAAAGAAAACGUUCUUCCGGCUUGCAACACUUGACUAAUUUGAAUUUUUUAAGCUAACAAAAUUAAUCAAACAAUAAAAUUAAUUAUUUUAUUAAAUGAAAAUGUAUUUGAAGAAAUUGGAUGAAAGUUAUAGUAAACCUUCUUGAUUUAAAUACUUAAUAAGACUUUUCUUAUUCUACAAACUACUGCAAUAAAACGAUUUUAUUAUUGUA